CGCCUGUGCCGUGUGUGCUGCGUUACCCUACUGGCGAGGGCGAUAGGCAGCCUGUGAGCUUCACGUCAAGGAGGGGCAACCACCUACAGGGACCCGAGAGACAUGCCCGCGGACUGAGGGCCGAGUGGUGCACACGUACCCAAUGGAACCCAAAGAGUUACUAAAAACCCCAAAUGGAUCCCAGGGAGUGAAGACUGCACUUUACAGUGACAAGCCAGGGAAUUCGAUAGAUUUUUUCGUAAGUUAUAGGGGUGGAGCCAGUGUGAAUGUGUCUACUUCUUGCCCCACCCCUCCUGCUUCACAGUCAGAUACAAGGCAGCAACAACAGCUCCCUGUUACUGGGGAUUCAUCUAAUGGAUUGAGUAAUGUGCCUCAGCCAGACCUAUCCAAGGCUGUUUCUCUCUCAAUGGGACUCUACAUGGGGGAACCUGACACAAAAGUAAUGGGCAACGAUCUUGUAUUUCCACAGCAGGGCCAGCUUGGUGUCCCAGCAGCAGAAACCGAUUUUAGGCUCUUGGAAGAGAGCAUUGCAAGCCUUCAGGCUAAGUCUUCAGCCCCAGAUAAGGUCCAGGAGGAUCCAGAGGAUAUCGGGGGUAUAAAAUGUGACCCGACUGCCCAACAAAGUCCUUCCAUGCAGGGUCAGCCGGGCAGCAUUGGGAACAGCGCCUCUAAGUUGCUUCCCAAAGACCAAAGCACCUUUGAUCUUUUACAGGACCUUGACCUGCCCCCAGACUCACCCAAGGAUAUUAAGGGCAGUCCCUGGAGGCUGGACCCUCUCUUUGAUGAGGAAGAUGCAGUGGACUUGCUGUCUCCUCUGGCCACUGAUGACCCUUUUCUCAUGAGGUCUGGAGCAGUAAAUCAGGACUGCAAACCUCUCCUUCUCCAGGACUGCACGCCCAAACUGGGUGACCGGGUGGGCGAUAUGGUUUUGCCCAGUACAAACCUGCAAAUGUCUCAAGUGAAGACUGAAAAAGAAGACUAUAUUGAGCUGUGUACACCGGGGGUGGUGAAACAGGAAAAGUUUGGUCCUGUUUUCUGUGGUGGUCACUUUUCUGGAUCCGGUAUAUUUGGCAGCAAAGGGGCUGCCAUUUCUGUCCAUGGUGUCAGCACUUCAGGGGGUCAGAUGUACCACUAUGACAUGAACAAAUCCCCUAUUUCUCAGCAUCAGCAGGAUCAGAAGCCUAUAUUCAGUCUAGGCCAGCCGCUCUCCACCAUUUCCGAAUCUUGGAAUAGGUGCCAUGGGUCUGGAGAUGACAAUAUUACUUCCCCAGGGAAUGUAAACUAUCCGGGCAGAUCUGUAUUUUCAAAUGGGUACUCAAGCCCGGGAAUAAGAUCUGAUGUGAGCCCUUCUCCGUCCACCUCCUCUACCAGCACCGGACCACCGCCCAAACUCUGUCUUGUGUGCUCAGACGAAGCCUCUGGUUGUCACUAUGGAGUUUUGACUUGCGGCAGCUGCAAAGUGUUCUUUAAGAGAGCUGUGGAAGGUCAGCACAAUUAUCUUUGUGCUGGAAGGAACGACUGCAUUAUUGACAAAAUUAGAAGGAAGAACUGCCCAGCUUGUCGCUAUCGGAAAUGCCUCCAAGCUGGAAUGAAUCUGGAAGCACGUAAAACAAAAAAGAAGAUUAAAGGAGUCCAGCAGUCUAACACAGUAGCAGUACGGGAGUCUCCAGAAAACGCCAUGACUAAGGCCAUGCUCCCAGCGGCUGUGGCUCAACUUACACCCACUCUGAUCUCGUUGCUGGAGGUUAUCGAACCUGAAGUGUUGUACUCUGGCUACGACAGUACUUUACCCGAAACAGCCUGGAGACUCAUGUCUACUCUUAACAUGCUAGGAGGGCGGCAAGUUGUAUCUGUCGUGAAAUGGGCAAAGGCAAUACCAGGUUUCCGAAAUUUGCACCUGGAUGAUCAAAUGACCCUUCUUCAGUACUCCUGGAUGUUCCUAGUUGUUUUUGCUCUCGGGUGGAGGUCUUACAAACAGUCCAAUGGGAGUGUGUUGUAUUUUGCUCCAGAUCUGAUCAUCACAGAGGAGAGGAUGAAUCUGCCCUUCAUGCAAGAACGAUUUCAAGACAUGUUCAAAGUAGUCCAUGAAUUGACACGUCUCCAGGUCUCUUAUGAAGAAUAUCUCUGCAUGAAAGCCUUGUUGCUUCUGUGUACAAUUCCAAAGGAUGGCCUGAAAAGCCAUACUCUGUUCGAGGAAAUCCGCAUGACUUACAUUAAAGAGUUGGGGAAAGCCAUAGUAAAGAGGGAAGGAAAUUCCAGCCAAAACUGGCAACGAUUUUAUCAACUGACAAAACUAUUGGAUACAAUGCAUGAGGUGGUUGAAAAUCUACUAGCCUUUUGCUUCCAUUCCUUUCUGGAUAAAUCCAUGAGUGUCGAGUUUCCUGAGAUGUUACAAGAAAUCAUCAGCAAUCAGAUACCAAAAUAUUCAUCUGGAAAUAUCAGAAGACUUUUAUUUCAUCAGAAAUGACUGCCUUACUAAAACAAAAAAAAAACAAAUAUAUAUAUAUAUAUAAAUAUAAAAAAGUUGCCUUAAGGAAAGAAAAAAGUAAAAUGAUAGCUUUGUAUUGUAUAAAACAAACAAACAAAAAAAAAUCACGAAACAAAAUCAGACAUGGUAAUUGUCCUUGCAAUGGUGUUCCUUUUGUAAUUAUGCACUACGGUUCAUGUGGUUUACAGAGGGCCAAGUUCUGGACUACGGGAACUUCCUCAUUUCACAUUGAGUGAUGUGAGAAGUAUAAGAGACAGAUAAACCAGAGUCUGCUUUGUGAACAUUCUGCUAGUAAUUUUUUGCAUUUAGAUAAAUGUUUUGCGAGAUCGUUGGAGGGAGGGGAUGGGAGUUUUUUUUUUUGUUUUUUUUUUGCUUUCAUACGUUUUCUUUCUUUAUUCUGUAAUUAAGAAAAAAAAGAGCUUUGAUUUAUGCAUGUAACCUGAGGGAAGUUUACAAGUGUAUAUCCGAAAAGGGAAGUUGAGCCUUUUUUUAAGCUACUGUUUUGAUUAGCGUUUUACGCCCUUAAUUUUAAAAAAAAGGAACUGAUUUUAUCUUUUCGUCCUUUUAAUUCUUUAAUGACACCUGUUGUACAGAUUUGGGCAAACUGGGGCAGCUUAAAGCUUUGCUCAUACAUUGUUCCCACAACCCAAAGGGUUCUAAACAUUACUCUAACCAAGAUAUUAAAUUACUUGCUACUUUUAGCCUUAUCUAAACACAUUUCUCAUUUCUGUGGCCAAAAACAAUGACUUAACUAGGGAGACACCAUUCUUGUUGUUCUGUGUAGAUACCUGUUCACGUUAAGCUCUCUUUUCCGUUUAAGAAGUGCUUCAGACAUGGCCGCAACGACCAUUCUAGUGCUGUGAUAGACAUUGAAUGCAAGACAGUUAAUAAAUAGAUGUUUUCUUGCCAGAAA